CUGUUUCCUAUAAAGAGUAUAUUGCUGGACUUUUCCCUUUUACCCUGUUUGACUGUUAUUUUAAUAGCUUGGCGUUCUCAGGACUCAGUCCUUUCUGAGGAAGAAGAUAUGACCAAGUCUCUUGAAACAGUGACGUUUAAGGAUGUGGCUGUGGACCUCACCCAGGAGGAAUGGCAGCAAAUGAAACCUGCCCAGAGGAACCUGUACCGGGAUGUGAUGCUGGAAAACUAUAGCAACCUAAUCACAGUGGGCUAUCAAGUCACCAAACCAGAUGUGAUCUUCAAGUUGGAACAGGAAGAGGAGCCAUGGGUGAUGGAGAAAGAAAUGUGUGGGAGGCGCUGUCCAGAAGUUUCAGGAGUUGAUGAACAUAUCAAGAAGCAACAGGAAACACUUUUGAGGAAAGUCACAUUCAUCUCCAAGAAAACUCUGAUUAUGGAAAAUGCCAUUGAAUGUAAAAAAGUUACAAAACUAUUUCCUCUGAGUUCAGACAUUGUUACUUCACAACAAAGCUUCUGUGAAUGUGACUCACUUGGUAAGGGUUUGGAACAUAAUUUAGACUUACUUAGUUAUGAGAAAGGCUGUAUAAGAGAAAAAAAAUAUGAAUGUAAUAAGUAUGGGAAACUUACUCAUUGCUCAUCCAAUGUUGUAACCUCCUUUAAAUGUAAUCAAUGUGGACAACACUUCAGUCAUAAAUUUGACCUCCUCAGACAUGAGAGAAUACAUGCUGGAGAGAAACCGUAUGGAUGCGGGGAAUGUGGAAAAGCCUUCAGCAGGAAGGAAAAUCUUAUUACACAUCAAAAAAUUCAUACUGGAGAAAAACCAUAUAAGUGUAAUGAAUGUGGAAAAGCUUUUAUUCAGAUGUCAAACCUCAUUAGACACCAGAGAAUUCAUACUGGGGAGAAACCGUAUGCAUGUAAGGAUUGUUGGAAAGCCUUCAGUCAGAAGUCAAACCUCAUUGAACAUGGGAGAAUUCAUACUGGAGAAAAACCCUAUGAAUGUAAGGAAUGUGGAAAAUCCUUCAGCCAGAAACAAAAUCUUAUUGAGCAUGAGAAAAUUCAUACUGGGGAGAAACCUUAUGCAUGUAAUGAAUGUGGCAGAGCUUUUUCUCGAAUGUCAUCCCUUACUUUACACAUGAGAAGUCACACAGGGGAGAAGCCCUAUAAAUGUAAUAAAUGUGGGAAAGCUUUCUCUCAAUGCUCAGUAUUUAUUAUACAUAUGAGAAGUCAUACAGGUGAGAAACCCUAUGUAUGUAGUGAAUGUGGGAAAGAAUUCUCUCAAAGUUCUUCCCUUACUGUACAUAGGAGAAAUCAUACAGCUGAGAAACCGUAUGAAUGUAAUGAAUGUGGAAAAGCCUUCAGCCGGAAAGAAAAUCUCAUUACACAUCAGAAAAUUCAUACUGGAGAGAAACCAUAUGAAUGUAAUGAAUGUGGGAAAGCUUUUAUUCAGAUGUCAAACCUCAUUCGACACCAGAGAAUUCACACCGGUGAGAAACCCUAUGCAUGUACUGUGUGUGGGAAGGCCUUUAGCCAGAAGUCAAAUCUCACUGAACAUGAGAAAAUUCAUACUGGAGAGAAGCCCUAUCAUUGUAAUCAGUGUGGAAAAGCUUUCAGUCAGAGACAAAAUCUCCUUGAGCAUGAAAAGAUUCAUACCGGAGAAAAACCAUUUAAAUGUAAUGAGUGUGAUAAAGCCUUCUCUCGAAUUUCAUCGCUUACUCUUCAUGUGAGAAAUCAUACAGGGGAGAAACCCUAUGAAUGUAAUAAAUGUGGAAAAGCUUUCUCUCAGUGCUCAUUACUUAUUAUACAUAUGAGAAGUCAUACUGGUGAGAAGCCCUUUGAAUGUAAUGAAUGUGGGAAAGCUUUCUCUCAAAGAGCAUCCCUUUCUAUACAUCAAAGGAUUCAUAUUGGUGAGAAACCCUAUAAAUGUAAGGAGUGUGAGAAGGCCUUUCCAUCUACCGCACAACUUAAUUUACAUCAGAGAAUUCAUACAGAUGAGAAAUACUAUGAAUGUAAGGAAUGUGGAAAAGCUUUCACCCGUCCCUCACACCUUUUACGACAUCAGAGAAUCCAUACUGGUGAGAAACCCCAUAAAUGUAAGGAAUGUGGGAAAGCUUUUCGUUAUGACACACAACUUAGUCUUCAUCAAUUAAUUCAUACUGGUGAAAGGCGCUAUGAGUGUAAGGAAUGUGGAAAGGCAUAUAGUUGUGCCUCACAACUGAGUCUUCAUCAGAGGAUUCAUACUGGUGAGAAACCUCAUAAGUGUAAGGAGUGUGGGAAAGGUUUUAUCUCUGACUCACAUCUUAUUCGACAUCAGAGUGUUCACACUGGUGAGAAGCCCUAUAAAUGUAAGGAAUGUGGGAAGGCCUUUCGGCGUGGCGCAGAGCUUACUCGACACCAGAGAGCUCACGCUGGUGAGAAGCCCUAUAAAUGUAGGGACUGUGGAAUGGCCUUUACUUGUAGCACAGAACUUAUUCGACAUCAAAAAAUUCACACUGGUGAGAGACCCCAUAAAUGUAAGGAAUGUGGGAAGGCUUUUAUUCGAAGGUCAGAACUAACUUACCAUGAGAGAAGUCAUAAUGGUGAAAAGCCCUAUGAGUGUAAGGAGUGUGGGAAGGCCUUUGGUCGUGGCUCAGAACUCAGUCGACACCAGAAAAUUCACACUGGUGAGAAACCUUAUGAAUGUAAGCAAUGUGGGAAGGCCUUUAUUCGUGGCUCACACCUUAGUAAACAUCAAAAAAUUCAUACACGACAGAGGAAUGAAUGAAGACACAUGGGAAGGUUCAGAAUUUAAUUGACAUCUGCAGUUCAUACUAGUAACAGAAACAAACAAAACCCCUGUGGUUAUAAGGAAUGUGGGAAAGCAUUUGAGGAUAAUAACUUGAUAUCAGAGUUUAUACUGUGGAUGUAAAGUCUUUAUUUAAAGGCCGGAAUUUAUUGAGCAUUUGUUACUGAUGAGAGACCUUAUUAAUGUUAGGAAUUGGGAGGGUUUAUUUGUGUUUCAAAAUUCAUUUGAUAUCAGAGUUCAGUUGGUGAAAAAGUGAAAAACUCCAUGAAUAUAAGGAAAGUGGGAAGGCUUAGAAUGGCGGCAAAUGUGUUAGAGACAUUAUUAGUCAUUCAAACCUUUCUCAACAUCGGCUUCAUUAGCCCUUAGAGGAAAUGGCAUAUAUAUGGGACACCAAUUUGCUUUGGCUAACAAGUUAUUCAUCUGAUAAGUCAUACUUAAGGAAGGCUAUAUUAAUAUUAAAAUUAUAGCAAAUUAGUUUAUCCUGCCCGAAUCUUGUUCAUAUUUGCAAAGUCAUUCUCCAAAGGUAACUUGAACUGAACAGGAAUGGAAGAGUUAGCCAAUAUUUAGCCUUUAUUUGCCUUCACCACCAUAACUCGUUUCCUAUAGGGCAAGUUAUUUUGUCUAAAUUUUCUCAUUUAUAAAUUAGUAAUAUUAGCACAGCAGUAGCAUUGUGAAGAUUAAAUGUUAUAUCCUAUAGAAUAGUGUCUGGAUUGUUUUGAAAGUCUGUUAGAUAAGAGCUGCCUUUAUUAUUAAUUUUUAAAAUUUUCAUAAUUAUGUAUUAUUAGAGAUUAUACUA